AUGUCAGUGACGGGCGAGCCGUUGAAACACCCCCUGGCGGAGCUUCUGAGUGCCGGGUUCGGCCACCGCUAUCGGGAGGGCUUCGUGGUGACGCAGCCCGGUGGCAUCGUAAUGCCCGCAGAGUUCCUGCUGGAUGCCCAGCGCAUACUAGACUUCCCAGUCAAGGAGGACGACGUCUGGCUGGUCACCUUCCCCAAGUCCGGUACCACCUGGACACAGGAGUUGGUCUGGUUACUGAUGAACGAGAUGGACUUCAAAACCGCGAAAGAGAUUUGCAUCACCGAACGGUUCCGGUAUAUCGAGCGCAUGAGUACGCUGCCCAAGGCGACCAGACAGGGAGCCCCGGACACGAUCCAGCUGGCCGCGGACCAGCCGUCCCCCAGACUCAUCAAGAGCCACCUGCCGCCGGCACUGCUACCGAGGCAGUUGUGGAGCGUCAGGCCCAAGAUCAUAUACGUUGCCAGAAGUCCUACGGACGCCGCCACCUCCUAUUACUACUUCAAUCGUCUCGUUCACGGAAUUAGUCUCUCACUGGAUGAGUUCCUCGAGUGUUUCCUCGCGGAUGUUGUUCAGUUCACUCCAUACUGGACAAGCGUUCUGGAAUUUUGGAAUCUGCGGAGUGAGCCUAAUAUUUUGUGGAACACCUACGAAGAAAUGAAACAGGACGUGGGAGCAGUCAUCCGCAAGACAGCCGCAUUCCUGGGCAAGAGUGUGACAGACGAGCAGUUGCACCAACUGGAGGGCCACCUGAGCUUCAGCAGCAUGAGGGCCAAUCCGGCCACCAACUGCAGCGACGUGAUGCUCAGUUUGAGGACCAGCAUUGGUCUACCGCCGCCGCCCUCCGAUCAGGCCUUCAUGCGAGAGGGCAAAGUGGGCCAGGCCAGGCUGCGCAUGUCCCCAGAAAUGAACCGCCGCUUCGACCAGUGGAUCCAGGAAAACAUUCGUGGCACUGGUGGGCGAGCCCGUAAAGCCAAACAGGCGCCGCUGCCGAUGGCGCGCAGGGCCGCCAACCGAUGCGCCGCACAUGCAAAUGCCCACAUUUUCGGCUGCCUCGGCAAUGGCUGCCAAUCGCCGCCACCUGACGCCGCGCUCGACCCAAUUGUGUGCCGCGCCGGCGCAGAGGUCGGCGGAACCGACUUCCCCAAGUCAGCCGCGCCCACUGAUCUGCGGGACAGUCAAGGCGGACACCGCAACCGUCCGAGGAAGAAGUGGCCGCUCGUUGUUAUAAACCCAAUGUUCAAAUGUGUGUGA